AUGUUCUCCGUCUCGCGCAUGUGGACAGUCGUGCUCCUGGUGGCUUCAUGCUGUGUGUUGACAAGCAAUGCCAUCACGUAUUCUCCGCUGAACCCUCCGUCAUAUCCCCUGGCGGUGCGAAGUCCAUAUCUGUCCGCGUGGAUCCCUGGCAGUGCAGUUGCGUCACUGCACUCCAACAACGCGCAAUUCUGGGCCGGUAACAAGUUGAUCUGGUCCGUGAUUGCACGCGUGGAUGGCGUCGCGUACAAUCUAUUCGGCGUGGCUAGCCCGCCUAGUGGCACGCAGUCGGCCACAGUCACUGGCGCGAGCUAUACCUCGACCCAUUCGACCUUCACCGUCACGGCCGGAUCCCGUGAAUUCACACUAGACUUCUUCUCCCCGGUCUCGCCGAAGAACUACCUGCGACAAUCCCUGCCUUUCUCCUACCUUACAGUGACACUGGCGGCCGGCGACUCGAGCUCCGUUCAGAUCUACUCCGAUAUCGAUGCCAGCUGGACCGGACAGACCAGUGACUCCAACUGGAGCUAUACCACCAGUGGAUCGACGGGUGUCUUCAAGAUCGAGUCGGCUAAUGCAGCAACAUACUCCGAGAACAGCAACGGCCAAGCUCUGUGGGGCAGCGCCGUCUACGCCACCCGGCCGUCGAACUCCAGCUCGCUCUCCAAUGCCUCCGGGCCGUCCCUGACCAUUCGAGAAUACUUUGUCAACAAUGGCACACUCAGCGGCAACCACGCCGGUUGGACUUCAAACGGGAAUGUCGGCUUCGCGCAUGACCUGGGGACCACGUCUGCCGAGUCCGCGGUAACUUUUGCCAUUGGUCACGUGCGGGAGGAGUCGAUCAACUUCCUGGGUGACGCUCAAACCGGCUAUUACCGAGCCUCGUACUCCGACACCGUCGAUGCGGUUGUGCAUUUUCUCGACGACUAUGACGAUGCAAACGCCGAAUCAGCGACACUGGAUGACCUGAUCCAGGAUACAGGGACUUCCAGCUACGGAUCCAACUACUCGGAUAUCUUGGCUCUUUCUGUGCGCCAGGUCUACGGCGGUAUCGAGGUGACCAUCCCCAACGAUUCCUUAGAUACAAGUGAGACCCGUGCAUUUAUCAAGGAAAUUUCGAGCGAUGGAAACAUCAAUACUGUUGAUGUCAUAUUCGCGACCUUUCCGAUAUUCUAUAUUCUCAGCCCUGAGAUCAUCAAACUGCUGAUUGCGCCAGUGUUUGAAUACAUGGGCAGCAGUGCCUACACCAAGGCUUACGCAGUGCAUGAGCUUGGAGCCAACUAUCCGAAUGCGACGGGCCACCCAUCUGACGGUGAGGAGAUGCCCAUUGAAGAAAGCGGCAAUGUUAUUAUCCUCACCUAUGCAUACCAAGUCGCCACUGGAAAUACCGACCUGGCAACAACGUACUCUGCCCAGCUAAAGCAAUAUGCCAACUAUCUCUACCAGAAUGGUCUAUACCCCACUGCCCAGCUAUCCUUGAAUGACGCGCUGGGUGAGCUCGCGAACCAGACAAAUUUGGCCGUCAAGGCAGCCACCGGGCUGGCGACUUACGGCGCCCUGGUUGGUCAGAGCAACUACACCACUGCAGGCAAAGCAUUCGCAGACAAGAUAUGGACAGAGCAUCUAGGAACCGAUGCCGAUGGCACUCGCUUCCUGAUCCAGUACGGCAUCCAGCCGUGGUUCCUUGUAUACAACCACUACCCGGAUCUAUUGUUUGGUCUGAACGUCUUUCCCGACGACACCUACAAUGCUACAACCGACUUCUACCCGACUGUGCGCUCCACUGCAGGUGUACCUCUAGAUGGAUCUAUUGGCUGGGGCCAAACUAACUGGCAGUCCUUCGUAGCAGCCACAGUCAGCGGUGAUACCCGCGAUAUUUUGAUCAGUGACAUCCACAGUUAUAUCUCGAACGGGCUCAAUACCGCCCCAUUCUGUGACCGCUACUGGGUCAAGGCGAGCGAUGGUUAUUCCGCGGGCGAGGCCUACUCGUUCCGUGCGCGACCGACUCUAGGUAGUCACUUUGCGCUGGCGGCGUUUUUGGGCGCCAAUACCUGGUCUUCCUGA